UGUUGCGGCUCUGGGAACCAGCACCACUGGAAAGAUGUAAACCAAGAGCCCUGCCUCAACAACACAGACACUAAAACCGUAUCACCAAAAGGAGGAAGAGGAAGAGGAGGAGGAGGGGGGGUUGAGGAACAGUACUGUCGGUCCUCCAUUACCGGAGAGCCACCUGCAUUGGACGGGUCGUGUUUGGGUCUCUAUCCCCCCUGAAAGCAGCGGCGCUUCUGCCUUCACGCAGCCAUCUUUUGUGCGAGGAUGUACGGGGCGACUCGGCGGGCCUGCUCGGGCUAUGGCCGGGACCGGAGCCUGCUGAUGCUGCUAACCGCGCUGCUGCUGUCGGUGGUCGGUCUGCUGUCCGGUUUACCGGGCGUCACCGAGGCGAAGGAGUGCGACAAGCCGUGCAUGAACGGACAGUGCAACGCCGCCACUGGCAGCUGUGUGUGCUUCCCCGGCUGGGUUGGGGACCAAUGCCAGCACUGCGGAGGGCGAUUCAGGCUAACGGGUCCCUCUGGUUACCUGACUGACGGACCAGGAAACUACAAAUACAAGACCAAGUGCACCUGGCUUAUUGAGGGACAGCCUAACACCAUCCUCCGAUUACGUUUCAACCAUUUUGCCACCGAGUGCAGCUGGGACCACCUCUACGUGUAUGACGGAGACUCCAUUUACGCCCCUCUUCUGGCUGCGUUCAGUGGUCUUAUCGUUCCUGAACGUUACGGGAACGAGACUGUUCCUGAGGUUGUGUCUCACUCCGGAUACGCACUGCUGCACUUCUUCAGCGACGCCGCCUACAACCUGACCGGAUUCAACAUUUCCUACAGGGUGAAUACAUGUCCCAACAACUGCUCCGGUCGAGGGGAGUGCCGUGUGGGAAACUCCACCGGGUCGGUAUUCUGCGAGUGCGAAGCCAACUGGAAGGGGGAAGCCUGCGAUGUUCCCUACUGCAUGGCUGACUGUGGCUACCCCGAGCGAGGUCAAUGCCGGGGCAAGGCCUGCGUUUGCGAGGCCGGAUGGCAAGGUCCAGACUGCUCCGUCUCCGUGCCUGCCAACUCUUCCUUCUGGACGCGGGAGGAAUACACAGAGGCCGGUCUGGCCAGGGCUUCCCACAAGGCCGUGGUGGACCAAGGCAUCAUGUGGGUCAUCGGCGGCUACGUCUUCAACUCCUCUGACUAUCACAUAGUGAAAGCGUAUAACCUGAGCAGCAAGAGCUGGCUGAACCUUGACCCCUCCGUCAACACUGUCACACCACGAUAUGGUCACUCACUGGCGCUGCAUGAGGGGAAGAUCUAUAUGUACGGAGGAAAGAUAGAUUCAACAGGAAAUGUGUCCAGCCAGCUGUGGGUUUUCCACAUCCAGAACCAGACGUGGGUCCUCCUGAGCCCUCGGGCCAAAGAGCAGUACGCUGUGGUGGGACAUUCAGCCCACAUCGUGCCUCCCAUCCAAGAGGGAGCCAGUCCUAUCAUGCUGGUUCUGUUUGGACACUGUCCUCUCUAUGGUUACAUCAGCCAAGUCCAGGAGUAUAACAUCGUCAAGAACACAUGGAACAUGGUAUCUACAGAAGGUGCGUUGGUCCAGGGCGGCUACGGCCACAGCAGUGUUUUCGACCCCGGCACCAGAGCCAUCUACAUCCACGGAGGCUACAAGGCCUUCAGCGCCAACAAGUACGGCCUGGCUGGAGAUUUGUACAAGUUUGACGUGGACAAGAGGAAAUGGACCGUCCUGAGAGACAGCGGCUUCUUCCGUUACCUCCACACAGCCGUGAUAGUUAGCGGAUCCAUGCUGGUGUUUGGAGGAAACACGCACAACGACACAUCUAUGAGCCACGGCGCCAAGUGCUUCUCCGCCGACUUCCUAUCCUACAGUCUGGCAUGUGAUGAGUGGACAGUGCUACCUCGACCGGACCUUUACCACGAUGUGAACCGCUUCGGGCACUCGGCAGUCUUCAGUGACAGUGCGAUGUAUGUGUUCGGUGGAUUCAACAGCCUGCUGCUCAGUGACGUCCUCAUGUACACCUCGCCCAGCUGUCUGGCCUUCACCAGCCAGGCGUCAUGCAACCAGGCUUGGCCCGGGAUCCACUGUGUCUGGAACAGCACCCAGGGGACUUGCCUGCCCUGGGAGAGCAACGCUGUCUCACCGGAACAGCAGCAGCUUCCAGCUUCCUGUAACACAAGAUCAUAUUCUGAUAGCGACAGGUGUGACCAGUAUACAGAUUGCUACAGCUGCACCGCCAACACCAACGGCUGCCAGUGGUGUUCAAGCCUUUGUGUUUCUCUGGGAAGCAACUGUACCUCUGCCACGGGGGCCAUAGCUGAGUAUGAUGUUUGUCCUAAGGACAACCCCUCUUAUGUGUGCAACAAGAAAACCAGCUGCAAGAGCUGUGCUGUGGACCAGAACUGCCAGUGGGAACCUCGCAACCAGGAUUGCAUCUCACUACCAGAGAAUGUGUGCGGUGAAAGCUGGCAUCUGGUGGGCAACUCCUGUCUGAAGUUCAUCACAGCGAAGGACUCGUACGACAACGCUAAGCUAGCCUGCAGGAGCCACAACGCUGUCCUGGCCUCACUCACCACGCAGAAGAAGGUGGACUUUGUCCUGAAGGAGCUGCAGAUAAUGAGUGUGGUGUACAAGGCGUCAGUGACACCCUGGGUGGGGCUCAGGAAAAUCAACGUGUCGUACUGGUGCUGGGAGGACAUGUCGCCCUUCACCAACACUACCCUGCAGUGGCUGCCUGGUGAGCCGAGCGACGCGGGGUUCUGCGGCUACUUGGCCGAGCCGGCACCCAGCGGACUGAAAGCCCAAACCUGCAUCAGCCCGGUGAACGGCAGCCUCUGUGAACGGCCAGCCAAUCACAGUGCCAAGCAGUGCCGGACGCCAUGUGCCAUGAGAACCAUCUGCAGUGAAUGCACCAGCAGCAGCUCCGAGUGCAUGUGGUGCAGCAACAUGAAGCAGUGCGUUGACUCCAACGCCUACGUGGCCUCCUUCCCCUUCGGACAGUGUAUGGAGUGGUACACCAUGAACACAUGUCCACCGGAGAACUGCUCCGGUUACAGAACAUGCGGUCAGUGUCUGGAACAGCCAGGCUGCGGCUGGUGCACCGACCCCAGUAACACAGGAAAAGGUCAGUGUAUAGAGGGCUCGCACCGCGGGCCUUUCCAGACCUCCGUACCGGCCCCGUCCACCCUGCCUGGUCUGCCUGCCAGCCCCCAGCCGGCCCUCAACGCCAGCAUGUGCCCCAGCGAGGCCAAGUACAACUGGUCCUUCAUCCACUGUCCAGCUUGUCAGUGCAACGGUCACAGCCAGUGUGUCAACGAGAGCGUGUGCGAGAAGUGCGAGGACCUGACAACCGGCCGACACUGUGAGAACUGCAUCUCCGGUUUCUACGGAGAUCCGACCAACGGGGGCAGCUGCCAGCCCUGCAAGUGCAAUGGCCACGCCAGCAUGUGCAACACCAACAACGGCAAAUGCUUCUGCACUACCAAGGGCAUCAAAGGAGAUCGCUGCCACCUGUGUGAAGUCGAGAAUCGUUACCAAGGCAACCCUCUCAAAGGAACAUGCUACUACACGCUGCUCAUCGACUACCAGUUCACCUUCAGCCUGUCGCAAGAGGACGACCGACACUACACCGCCAUCAACUUCGUGGCCACGCCUGAGGAGCCAAACCGAGAUCUAGACAUGUUUAUAAAUGCUUCCAAGAACUUCAACCUGAACAUCACCUGGGCAACGAGCUUCACCGCAGGAACCCAGACCGGCGAAGAGAUUCCCAUCGUCUCCCGUAGCAACAUCAAGGAGUUCAAAGACAGCUUCUCCAACGAGAACUUUGAUUUCCGCAACAGCCCAAACAUAACCUUCUUUGUCUAUGUCAGCAACUUCACAUGGCCCAUUAAGAUUCAAAUCGCCUUCUCCCAGCACAGUAACUUCAUGGAUCUGGUGCAGUUCUUUGUCACGUUCUUCAGCUGCUUCCUGUCCCUGCUCCUGGUGGCCGCCGUGGUUUGGAAGAUCAAACAGAGCUGCUGGGCGUCACGGCGACGAGAGCAACUGCUGAGAGAGAUGCAACAGAUGGCAAGCCGGCCUUUCGCUACCAUCAACGUCGCCUUGGAGACGGACGAGGAGCCGCCUGACCUGAUCGGAGGAAACGUCAAGUCCGUUCCAAAACCCAUCGCCCUUGAGCCUUGCUUUGGCAACAAAGCCGCAGUGCUCUCCAUCUUUGUGCGGUUACCCAGGGGAACCGGUGGCAUCCCUCCUCCAGGACAGUCUGGUCUUGCUGUGGCCAGUGCGCUGGUCGACGUCUCUCAGCAGAUGUGUGUGGGCUACAAGGAGAAGUCUGGAGGCCUGAGGAACCGCAAACAGCAGCCCAGCGCACAACCAUCCACCUGUAUCUGACCACGCCCCCUCCCCCCUCUGUACAACCCCCACCACCCAACGCUUUCCCAUCAGCCCCCUGCCUCGGCUCCCUCCUUCAGAGACUUCUGCCAGCUGUGCUCUGGCAGGGAGAGGUGCAUGCUGGGACGCAGGACUGGAACAGUUAGGGGUAGGGGACGAGUCACCUGGCGAAUUGAAGCCUCAGCGGGCUUCCCCUCCCUCUCCUCCUACUACUGGAACAUGUUGUCCCCUUGAACUGAAUGACAGAAACUGGACACAGAAGGGGAGCAGGGGAGGGAGGGAAGGACACAGCGGGUGCCAACUCCACCCCCCCAACCCCUAUCCCCCACCCCUACCCCAAAAAAAAACAUUUUACAUUCGUCCGACACCGCCUCGUCAGAGUCGAGGCGGCCACGGCUUGCUGCUAGAAGAGAUCCUCAUCUCGUAGAUUUUGAAAAAUCCAGAGACUUUGCAACCCUCUACGUUCACAUUUUACUUAAGUUAUUGUUGUUGUUUUUUUUUUUGUAUUGUUUUGAAGGCAGGAACUAACUGGCUAUGUUCAGCUGCACAUACACACAAACACACACACACACACACACUUCCACAAACCAACUUUCCUCGCCCUUGUACCCAUUUGUAGCCCAUUGUCGCCUGCUGUCAUGUUCAGCUCAGCAGUGACGGCUGGUGUCACCAGAGUCCUGUACAGUUUGGCCUCCGAGCAAGCUAACAGCAUGUUCAGUCUUCCUUUAAUGAGGAUCCACUGUAGGAGGCUGGCCAUGCAGCCAAAGCCCAUCUAAAGAGUCUGUGACAUUUCUAAUCGGCCUCUGUGUCUUCUGCCGCUGUCUUCUCUGUCUGGAGCUUUGUCUCCAGCUGCUCCUCUCCCUGUCUUUUUGGCCAUCUGGCUGCUGAGGCAACUGCCUUUCCCAGCUUCUCUGGCAGUGUGGCUGCGUGCAAAAACAAGACCACAGCAACAUUUCAUCUACGCUGGCUGGCUGGCUGGAUCAUAAGCCAGCGUUGAUUGAAACUUUUCCAGCUAAUUACUCCUCCAGUUGCAAUGAAAGCCAAUGGGCCUGCACACACACAGGUACGCAUGCAGGGCUCUCUCUGUCACGCACACACACAUACACACACACAGACACACAAGCAGUUGGUGGUGAGAAAACCCUCUGGUGUUUUAACGAUUGUCCCUUUGGCUGUGCAGUGCCUCGAGCCCAUGUGAAACAGGCUUCCCAUAGAUCGGCUGACUCUGAAUGACUGAAGUGAUUAGGCUGAUCUGCAUGAGGUUAGCUGGGGCAACAGUUGAGCAUCCUUUCUGAUCGUUGCCUAAGAAAUCCAUAGCCUCUAAUUGCUGAUCCCAUGUCCCCAAAUGCAGCUCAUGUCUAACCCCAAUGCUAGAAACCCCCCAUCUGCUGUCCAAUGACGAUCGUUCCAUGUCCCUGAGCGAUCUACAGCUGCCCAAUUAGCCCCUGCAGCAAUGAUGUCUGUGUUCAUAUUGAUGCAGCUACACUGGAGCUGCCAGUAUUUAACCGGUACCAGGCCUACAGAGUGAACAAGAAGCGCACACAUACGUCAGCAGAGUAAGCAGCCACAGUGCAGUUGUUAGCAUCUGUUUCCUUACAUGCACCUUCUUGUUAAAUGGGAUUUUUAAAUAGAGCACAUCUCACAGAGGACAUCAGGUACUGAUCCUUAAUGAUACAAGAAAGAAAAAUAUCCAUCGCCAAUUCCUUCAAAUUGCUCUUGAAAUUAUCUCGUUGCCUGGUCUCUUGAGCUUACUCUCUUUUUUGUGCUUUAUGUGUAAGGUUUUUCCAAAUCUCUGUUCUCUUUCCUUUUUAUACCUGCUUUACUUUCUCCUUCCACAGUCCUUAUCUAAAAUCACUGGUCCCAUUUUGAAAGAAACAUUACUUCUUUUUGUCAACCGGGAGAAAACGAGGGAAGAUACAGAAUGAAAAACACGAGGCAAAAACACAAAAAUACAAAAAAAACUGCGGCUGCUGCUUUAAAACAGAGCUGUUUCUUUUGAAAUUCCAUUUUGUGUUAUGUAAGGGGCAUCAAGGUGUCAGAUCUGAGUUUCUUGCUCUUUCAUCUUUUCUCCUUUCGACACUGAAUAUCAGCAGGAGUGCAUGGUCCAUAGUGACCGUCUUUUGCAGAAUCUAAGUCGCGUACUACAGCACCUGCAGGUCUUUGACUGAAUGCACAGGCAUACACUAAAUAUUGAGAGCAUAUCUCCUCCCGCCUCACAAAGUUAUUAACUUCCCGCCCUCAGAGAAGAACAGUAAUAGAACAAUUUAAUGACUCGCAUUCUGCCCUAAAGAGCUUGUUGUAUUUAGUUCCAGGCUCUCACAUGUGUUCAGCAUACUAGAACUGCUCACCGUCUGGUUAAAGGGCACACUUUUAGCACUGGGAAAAGGUCAGAGCAGAAAGCAUGAACAAAGUUGACAUUCUGUAAUUAUAGAGUGUUGGAUGUGCUCACUACUCCACUCGGCGACCCCCAAGUGCAUCACAUCAUUAAGGAGUCAGAUGUGUUCAUAUGUGCACUUGGGGGAAUCAAAGCACUUCCAAUUGCACACUGAUAUCAGCUGUUUUUGUGCUCUUUUUCUCCACGAGACAAUCUUCUUAAACUGUCAAGGAUGGUUUAAGUCUUGAUGUUUAUAUUUCUUUCAGCCAUCAGAGACUCGGUGGUGGUGGGAAAUAUAUAGAACCGUCAGCUAGAACAUUUUGGACUGUGGUUUGGUAAGUUUGUCCAUCUGAGUGCAAAUUAAAAGGAAAAACCUCCCACAAAAAACUACUCCUCAGUUGAAUCAACAUUUUAUUAAACACAGCUUCAGUCGGAUCUGAAAGUGGAAGGCGAAGGACAGGUGUGUGGGAGUUUUAUUCUGAUCAUUUCUACCACCGUUUUUUCUCCCACACACACCUGUCAGUUUUUUUCUCAGGUGUGCUGCAAAAGUUUUUAAACUUUGUGUGUCUACAUUUCUGGUCUAUCUGGCAGGUAACCAACCAUUGUUUGGAGGUGCUAUUUAAUUGCAAAAAAAUUGGGUGGUGAGAUGCCAACAAUAGCAGGAACAUGUUAGGAAUGACAGUACUGCAGUUUUUUGCUAAUAGUGGUUUUGAUUUGUUUUGCUCCAAGCAGCUUAAAACAAACACAUCAGACACACAGACACACACACACACACACACACACACACACACAGACAACAAUAUUAUCUUUCGUCGAUUUUAUUUGGAUUGAAAAUGUGACCCGGAGCUGAUAGAGGGGGAGAAGCUAGCACAUGUAGCCUGCCAAGUCACAUGACCCAUUAACAAGUUGAUAACAGUAAAAAAUGCAACAUCAGACUUUAUAUUUCAUUUUUUUCACUCUACUCUUUCAUUUUUCAAUGUUUUUUGUGUUCUCCACUACCUGAAUCUCACUGUUCAUGUCAAAUAAUUUUAAAUUAUUCACAGAUAACAAAAUUCAGCGACAAAAAUUUCUAACCACAGUCAUCUUCAGUUGUACAUUUUAUUUUGAAAAGAAACUCGAAAUCUGUUCCGCAUUUAAUUCAAAUGUACUGUAGUAAUAAUUUCACAAAGAAUGAAGAUUGUGGGGGUUUUUCUUUUUUUGUUCCUUUUUGUAAAUGAAUGUAAAAUGAAAAAUCACCUGUGCAGCCAAGGUUAAAGGUUCAGUUCAUGUAAAGAGCCUGUUUGUUGUGUUGAAGUUGUAUCAGAGAAAGACACUGAACUUUGUAAAGAAGAUGUAAAGUCUCUGCUGCCUGCCCCCAGCGCUCCGCAAAUCAUGAUCAUCAUCUGCUCCGUGGUUCGGACAAGCAGAUCAUGGGUCUGAUAGUCUUUACAAAAUUUUUGAUAUUUGUCUUUACCACUGUGGAGUGCAAGAUGUAAAAGAUAUAAAGAAAUCAUUGAUUGUAAACACUUUUUUUUUCCCUCUCUGACAGACUAAAUUUCUAGAUGAUAUUUCGUUAACCUGUGUGGCCAGUCUCACCCAUUAGGAAAUGCAUUAUUGGCAAAAUAAUGAGAAACAAACUCGUUAUAUCUGUAAAUACUAUUUGACCCACAUCUGUUGUCAGCAGCCACACACACACUGGGUUCCUACACAGGUCUGUAAGGUCUCAAAGCAUCAUAAGCGAUUAGGGAAAUUUGUAAGAAAUAUCGCCGUUUGAACAUUUUCCUCCAAACAUUUGACCCCUGCUCCACCCACACAGGCAUUUUUCAUUUAUUUUUAGCUGAUUAGGCAUUUUCUCAGGGCUGUGUGGGCGUUUACUUGAUAUGUUUGACCGACAUCUCCCCCGCUCGACCAACCUACACUUUAAUAGUGAUCGCUGAACAUUCACCUUGAUAGUGAUAAAUGUAUAAUGUUGUGUUUAAUACAUUCUUCUC